AUGCCCCGUUCCCGCAUCCCCGCCGUCGCCACCACACCCUCCCAACCACUCCCCAUCCCCACCACCUUCACCGACGGCCUCCCCCUGCCUCCCGUCCUCGUCUUCGACCUCGACUACACCCUCUGGCCCUUCUGGGUCGACACACACUGCACGGGUCCCCUCAAACCCGCCUCGUCCUCCCGCAACAGCGGCGGCGAGAAGAUAGCCGGCAGCGCCCACGCGGAGCCCUACACCAGAUCCAUGAUCGACCGCACCGGCGAACACUUCUCCUUCUACGACCAAGUCCCCACCGUCCUCGCCGCCGCCCGCGCCCGCGGCCUCACCCUCAGCGUCGCGUCGCGCACCCACGCGCCAGACCUCGCCGCCGUCAUGCUGCGCGGCCUGCACGUCCCGCCCCUCCCAUCAUCACCGCCGGAAGACCAGCAGCUCAACAGCUACGAACAUCUAGACACGUCGAAGCAGACCUCGAUCCUCCGCGCCGCAGAUUUCUUCACCGCCCCGCAAAUGUUUCCAGGCAGCAAGACGACGCAUUUCCGCAAGAUCCAGGCCGCGCUGCGGAAACAGGGACGUGACCUACCCUUUGAGGACAUGCUGUUCUUCGACGACGAGGCGCGGAAUCGGAACGUCGAGCGCGAGCUGGGCGCCGUCUUCGUCAUGGUGCCGGACGGCGUCACGGCCGCCGAGGUGGAUCGUGGCGUUGCGGAGUGGCGGAGGCGGAAGGGAGUGCAGGCGGCGGGCGGGAUAUGA